AUGACAUUUCGUUUACAUUUCUGUUUUACGUUGAACAUAUUACUGUAAAUAUUAUUUAUAAUUAUAUAUCAAUGGUGACUAACGACAGAAAACAAGAAAUAGAAAGCGAUCUCUCCAGGAAAAUUACAUAAAACUAAUUUUAUAAAAUAUAUAAAUUUAAUUCAACCAGCCUCUUAAGUUUACAACCUUAAAAUUCAGAAUGGCUUCUAAAUUUGCGCAGACUUGUAAAAAAUGUACAGCUAAGUUAAACGCUUUUAACGACACUUAUUUAAAAUGUAAGGUAUGCCAAGAUUUUGCUCAUGUUAAAUGCAUACCUAGUCGUUUGUUUGAAAGCGGGAUAGCAGGUGAUAUUUUCUUUGUCUAUACUUGUUCAGAAUGUUCUGCGGGAGAAGAUAUUAUAAUAAGAGAUAAAAUCUCCUGGUUUAUGGCAAUAGUCCUUGCUUUACAUGAUAUGUCUUGCAAAUCUUCCGGAAUCAGCAACCAAGGAUAUUUUCAUUGGAAAACACAUAUAAUAAGUUUCAUUGAUCGUAACUGGCAAAAUCUAUUUUCACAAAACUUGAAACGUCGUAAAAACUGGUUAGGUACUAUUGCUGGUAUAUUAUCACACAAUAGUCCAUCAUUUUUCCUAUCUGGAACUAGUGAUUUGAAUGAUAAUGGCUGGUGGAAAUUAUCUCAUGACCUUCUACCGGGCGUUUAUUCAAUGCUUUAUGCUGAUGUGAUAUCUGUUAGGAAUAACGUGAGGAAUAAAUUUAAGGACAAAGAUUCAUUAAUGGCAAAAGAUGAAUUUAUAGUGCUCCAAUUAUUAAAGGAUUAUGGACUCAUAGGUUUGAGAAGCCAGUUUUUUAAAGAUGUGGACAAGUACGAAAAUGAUACUUCAUCAGAUGAUGAACUUCAUCCGUAUAAAAUGAUGCAUUUGCAAAGUGAUGAUAGCAAUAACUUUAUGGAUGAUGUUUAUUCAGAGAAAUCUUAUCUUGAUCCAAGUGAACUUUUUGAUGUAAACAUUGAUGAUGGUCAUGUAAACUCAAUACUGGAAUCAGAUGACCAGUUCAAUUGGAAAUUAUUUUCAAGCAAUUUAUUGAAUAUUCAUAAGAGCGAUAAGUCUGUGAUACCUGUGUGUAAACAAGAGUUUAAUUCGGAUAAAGUAGAUGUUGCAGAACUUGCACCCAUCAAAAGUCUAUUUAAUGUUAACAUUAAGCCAAAAAUUAGACCUUGGAGCAAUUCGAGUCCGAACAUUUCAUACAAAAAUAUUCAAUCAUUAACUGAAUACCAGGAACAUGAGCUCUAUGCAAAAUUAAAGCAUUAUCUGAAAAUUUUAAAUGAUGACCCAAAUAUAUCAAAGCAUAUUGAUAAAGCAAAAUUAUGUGAAAUUAGAAGACUCCACUGUAAACUCAAGGUUCGAAAGGAGUUAAGAAAAUUAAAUAUUGAUUUCAAUUUGGAUAGGCUUGUAUCAGGGCAACAUAUAAACAAAAGUAAUGAUUCUGCUGGAAAAAUUAAUAUUCUGGAUAAGUUUCAGGUUGUAUCUACACCAGUUAUUGAUAAUAUUUCCUUUGCCACUCGUUUGACAGGAAUGAGUUUGUGGAGUUGUUUUGUAUCGCCUUAUACGAACAAGGAACUUAAACCAUUUGUUAGACGAGAUUAUGAAACUAUUUCACCAUGGAUAAAGCUAAUGAAUGAAAUUAAAAUGAAAGUGAACAAAGAGCAAGGGAAAAGAGCUCCGAUUGAUUAUUGUUAUGUUCGACCACAUCAUAUUGCAGUCAUAAAUAGCCUUUGUGAACAUUUCUAUUGGCCUGGAAUAGAUGUCAGUGAUGUACUUCAAUAUCCUGAUUAUACAGUUGUAGCCUUGUACAAGAAACUCGUUGUUGGAUUUGCACUUCUAGUACCAGAUGCUAAUCACAAUGAAGCUUAUAUAUCAUUUCUUUGGACGAGACCAAAUUGGCAAAAAUGUGGAAUAGGAUCGUUCAUGUUAUACCACUUGAUACAGACGUGUAUUGGCAAAGACAUAACAUUGCAUGUGUCUGCGACAAACCCUGCAUUAAUAUUAUAUCAGAAAUUUGGUUUUAAAGUUGAAGAAUUUAUACUGGAUUUUUAUGAUAAAUAUAUGCAUGCAACGUCCAAAGAAUGUAAGCAUGCAUUGUAUUUAAGAUUAUCUCGCUAG